AUGAGUCAGGAACAGCUCAAGAGGGAGGAUCACCAAGAAGAGAGUAUCAAAUAUGGAGACGCGUUAAACGUGCAAGGAGAUCUGAGAAACAAACCGGUGGCUCCGGUGGACGCGGCGAUGAUGCAAAAGGUGGAGACUCAGAUGCUUGGUAAGACCCAGAAGGGUGGCACCGCCGCGGCAAUGCAAUCGGCGGCGGCUAAAAAUGAGAGAGUUGGGGUAGUGGGGCACAACGAUAUGAAUAAUGCCGCCGCUGGCGGUGGUGUUAGUGUGACGGAGACUAAUGCUCCGGGAAGGCAAGUGAUGACGGAGUCAGUUAGUGAAAAGGUUCUACUUAUAUAUAUUAUAUGCACACGCCAAGAAGCUUUUAACGAUUCUCUUGUUGUUCAAAAAUCAUCAUUAGAGGAAAAGGAGAGGAAAGUGCGUAAAUUGGUUGAGCAAGCUAAUAGCAGUAGCAUGAAUUGCUUACAGGUGGUGGAGCAAUAUAGUAAAAAGGCGCCACUGAAUUCGAUGACACCUUCUCUUGCUCAAGACAUGGGCGUUGGGGGCGGCAUCAGUGGGAUCACCAUAGGUGAAGCACUGGAGGCCACGGUUCUCACGGCCGGAAAGAAGCCGGUGGAGUGGAGCGACGCGGCGGCGAUUCAAGCGGCGGAAGUGAGAGCCACCGGCCGCACCAACAUAGUCCCCGGAGGCGUUGCUGCGGCGGCGCAAUCAGCCGCCACCCUCAAUGCUCGAGCUACAAAGGAUGAGGACAAGACCAAACUCGGAGACGUUCUCGCGGGUGCGACUUCGAAGUUACCGUCAGAUAGAGCAGCGACUCGGAGAGAUGCUGAAGGUGUGACGGGUGCAGAAAUGAGAAACGAUCCGAACCUCACUACUCAUCCUGGGGGUGUAUCCGCAUCGGUCGCUGCUGCUGCUAGGCUUAAUCAAGCCAUUAACUAG